CUAUUGACUCCGCAGAACAGAUUUUCGAGGCUUGUUACGGAAUCACAGUUGACGAUUUCUUGGAGCCUAGCUGUAACACCAGCGAAGUUCUCUACAUCCGGGAUGUUUUUACUUUUGCAAAAUUGCAAUCCCACGCAUGCCCACAAGAAUCAACAACAAUCAAUCGUAAUGACUCUUUCUGUUGUCGCUAUAACAACCAAUCAACGGAUUGUGGAUGGCGUUACUAUGGAGAUUCCUAUAAAGGUGUGCAUUACACGAACUGUGUCGGUCGGCUAACUUGUAAGAUCCAGGUGGCAUGGAACGGAACAGAACAAAAUUGCAACCAGAGUGUUUUCAUGACGAAAACAAACUACAUGCGGCAGCAUUACCACUGCAUAAAGAAGUCACUGAUAUCAAAUAUUUGCACUUCGACAAUCAAUAAUGGAAAUCAACUAUACGUUUGGAAUAACGGAUAUCCUGCCAAAAGUGGCGACUGCGCAACUUCCUCUGGAUGCGUGUGCUCUGUUUCCUCUUCUAAAAGUUCGACUAUUAAGAUAGAGCUUUUAGACUUACGUCUUCACAAGGACGUCAGUGGUUCUUGUUACCAAAGACUUGUUAUUAAUGAGGGAGGAUUAGAAACCUCCAUUGAUUGUGAUCAAAACAAUGGGUUUUCCCUGACGACUAUUUAUACCAGCCAAUCUGAUUCCUUAAGUAUAAGAUACGAUAAUACAUUUGCUGGAAUCGAAGGAAACUUCUGGAUUUCAGUGCAAGCUGUAGACAGUACCUCUGAUCUGACACUGACCUGUGGAAAUGCUUCCUCUGUGUAUUCGUGUGGAGAGUCCCUCCCAACAUCCACGACGACAUCAAUAACUGUACACUCCCCAAAUAGUACUGAAGUCUUUACUGGAAGUACUAUAUUGUCUUCUAUAAAUGGUCCAACGUCAGCUACGACAUCGAGCGUGUCAUCUUCUACGACGUCAAACGUGCCAUCUGAUUUUUCCCCGCAAGUGGAUCAAUCAAAAGCUGAUGAAUCUUCUGACAAAACUGCACUUAUAGCCGGGCUGACGGCCGGGGCACUUCUCUUCGCUGCACUCGUCACGGUGGCUGGAGCCCUAAGGCACAGAUUCAAAAAGAACAAAGUCAGUAUCGACGACGAAUAUGAAGAACAUUUUGGAAACUUGAAGAAUGCCAAGAAUAUUGCACCCAUAGGAUACAAACAACUUAAUUAGCCAUUAAGUUCGAGAGAACGGGCGAAAUUAUGAAAUACGACACAAGUUAAAAGUCCUUGUCUUUCAUGUUGAAUAGUUCAGUAUUGAUUGGGAUAAUAUUACCAUUGUGUGAUUGUAUUACGUUAAACAAUUGAGUUUUUUUCUGAAAUCUCUUUACCAUUGUGUAUUGCCAUACUACCUCUCAAAUAACUCCAAGAUAUUGAAGUUCUUUACACGUGUGUCCUUUACUUUUUCACAAGAUGCCCUGACAAUAUUUGUUUUCAAAUAAUUUUUUAAAAGUUUCCUGUGAAUAUCUUUCAUAACUUCACUGCUACAAAUAUGAUAUUUGAUUUGCACUUUUUACAAGGAUUUCGUAUCUUCAUUCUUUUUUUAGGUCAUACGAAUUCAUAAUUGCUAACUGUUGUCAUCCGUUUUUUGUGCGUUAAGAUUUUCAGCUUCUUCUCUUUCUUCAACCGCUCAGCCAGUUUUGGCAAACAGAAUUUGAUCUGGAUAAAGGAGAAAAAAUUGUGAAUUUUAUGCCCCCCCCCCUGUAUGGAAAAGGGCUUGGUGUGGCACCAAAACAUCUAAAAUUAAUGCAAUCUUUACUCUCUCCUCCUGAUCCUUGACAUCAAACAUUCUGAUUGCUUGAUUGUAAUAAGAAU